AAUAGAUAGAAGACACCGCGGGAUGCAAGUGCGGUAAUCUGGACAUCGAUAAUUAAUUGUCUCGGACGUUAAAGGUCUACAUACGUUGUCAUGGCUGGACAUGUGUCAUUGCAUCACCAAGUCUUUGUCAUUCAUUUAGGGCGUAUUGCUUACCACCAUGCCUGGAACACUCAACAAAUUCUUGCAAGGCGUUAUUUGGACCACCUAAAAGUCCCUGUUUUGGGUCCAUCCAAACCAAGAGACAGUAUUCUCAUCUGUGAACAUGAACCUGUGUACACAAUUGGUGUGAGGAGUAGAGAUUUCCUAGUCUCCGAGGAACAAAGAUUAAAGAACUUGGGAGCACAUUUUCAUCGAACUAACCGUGGUGGUUUAAUUACAUUUCAUGGACCUGGACAGCUAGUUGCAUACCCAAUUCUGAACUUACAUCAUUUCAAGAAAAGUGUUCGUUGGUACAUUUCUCAGCUUGAAAGAACAGUUAUUCACACAUGCCAAGAGUUAGGUGUUAAAGCUGGUACUUCAUGUGACACAGGUGUCUGGGUGAAGGACAAUAAACUUGCUGCUAUUGGAAUACAGUGCAGCAGAUAUAUCACCACCCAUGGACUAGGUUUAAACUGUAACACAGACCUUUCAUGGUUUGACAACAUUGUUCCUUGUGGACUCAAGGAUAAAGGUAUCACAUCUCUUGCUCGUGAACUCCAACGCGAUGUCCCUGUACAUGAAGUAUUGCCGGUGUUUUUAAAGGCAUUUGCCAAAGAGUUUAAUUGCAGCAUUGUGGAAGCUGAUGCAUGACAUGUAGUUGGUGGACAGAUUCCACAAACUCAACUUCAAAGCAUUGUUUAUUUGUGUUAUCGCAUACAGAUAACCAGAUACAUGUACAUGUAGGUGAUGUACAGUACGCGAUGUAACUGUUGUGUUGCAAUAAUGACAUUAUAAUUUCAGUUUACACUAAAUGCUUUUUAUAAUUAAUGCUAGUUUGUUUAAUACAAUUACUUUUCCAUGCAUUUCACCUUGACCCUUGGAUUGAUGAGUUACUGUGGUGAACAUUCAUGAUGUGCAAUUGGUGCUGACCUGUUGCACAUCUAUUGAUAGUUUGUCAUACUAUGCGUACAAAUUUCAAGGCUUGUGAAGGUACAAUAAAAGUUAGUUUGAGAUUUAUAAAUCUAAAUGA